AUGAACAGAUUUCUACUUGAUGAGAAAGCGAAAGUGAAGAUAGAGGUAGUUUAUGUUCAACGAGUCAAGUUUAGUCCACAAACUUCCAGUUGUAAGCCAAAAACCCUUGCACAUUGUUUGUAAAAAGUUAGUUGAUCAAUACAUAGAGAACAUUCUUGCCAGUUCCCAGAAUGGAAAGUAUUUAUAACAAUUGGAACAGACUUUCAUUACCCUCACCAUAGGCUUAUAAACGAAAAGAGCCACUUGAGGAAACCAAUAUUCUGUAAAAUUAAUUGGUUAGUACUCUGAUAAAACUCUCAACUACAUGUCAUUACUUUAACACAAUACAUCCAACCAAAGAUUGCUAGUUGGAAAGUAUCAUCCAAUUUGGCACAAUCUUUACACCACUCAAUUAAGAAGAUUUACAGGCCGCAGGCAAAUACUCCCGAAAUUUGCAUUUUUGCUACACUCCCAAAAUUUUCAUUUUAGUAUUGUUUGUUCUGACCUCAAAAGCAAAGUGCAAAAUGUUCCAGGGAGGGACAUGGGGACGUAAAAAGGAAAGAGAGGGAUGGGGUUUCUCUCGCUUUUGGCAUAGCAGGCCUCUCACUGGGCAAUGUUGA